AAUCUUUGAUAUUUAUAUUUUUAAAAAUGGAAUUUCCAACACUUGGCGAACACUGCCAGUUCCAAUCAUGCAAUCAGGUAGACUUUCUGCCUCUCCAAUGCAAGUGUGGGAUGGUGUUUUGUCGUGUACAUUUUAACGAGCACUGUGUCUCUGGAAACUGUGACAUGGCGCCAAAACCCCGUGAAAUUAACUUGCAAAGUGAUGACCAGAUAUACAGAUGUUCAGAAAAAGGUUGCAGAAAAGGAAAUUUACACGAAAUGCUUUGUAACAAAUGCAAUAAACAUUAUUGCAUAGAACAUAGAUUUCAUCCAUCAUGUCCAGAAAUAGAUGAUGAAACCAUGGCAGCCAAAAUAGAACAAAUUGAAGCUCCAAAAAGACAAUUUCAAGAAGCUAAUAAACAUCUACAAGAGAAGAUAACAGAAAAUAUAAGGAAAGCCCUGCAGUCAUCGGCAAAAGUGAAAACUGCAUCAAAAAUUCAUUUAAUGAGAAUAAAGCAGAAAGCACUUGGCCCUAAAUCAAUUUCAAGUUCAGAUAGAGUUUAUUUUUCUAUUAAAAAACCUCUUAACUUAGAACCUAAAAAAGUUGAAAUUGUUGAAAAUAUUAACAAUAUUAAGCCAAUCGAAUCAGUCACCUUAGAUCCUGAUUUAAAAGACACUGUUCCUGUAUUUAUAUCAACAAAAUGGAGUCUCGGCCGUGCUAUAGAUUCUAUUUGUGAUAGCUGUCACAUUAAAAAUGAGAAUAACAAAGCGGGAUACACGAAAUUAAGGUUAUUUAGGCAGUUAGAUGGCUAUUGUAUAAGUCCUUUGAAAAUGGAUGUUGAUGUCUCUGAAUUGUUAAGUAAAGAGGUUUUACUAGAAGGUGAUAAACUUGUGAUGGAAUAUAUUGACAAUAAAGUUAUUAGUGGUAUAGAUGAAAAUACUCAAAUAUUUUUAAGUUGAGUUAUUUCUGAACACUUUUUAAUAUAUUUAUUUAUACAGUAA